AAAACGCUGUUUCAACCGCUCCUUCGAGCCAAUGGUCUUCCAAGCUAUUAUUGGGGGCGACAAUUAGGAUGUCCUGAUGUCGCUUCAGCUUUCGUCAAUUGGGACAGUGUUGACCACCAUACAAGGUUUACAGCGACCAGGAAAUUCGCGCCGAUCCUGGAUGCAGUUACGGAACUCAUCAUUGGGCCACCGCAGCUAUGGCAUAUUCCUUCGGAACCUUUCCCUCCAACGCCAGCGCUGGCCGCGUCUCCCGGACAAGUAACUGAAACUGUGAUCCUGUAUUUUCCCGCGCAGUACGACCGAUCUUCCCAGCUGCGCUUCCACAACGGAGUGCAACGAUAAGGUAACAUUCUUGAUUGUACAGCAAAAGGCUUUAAGUACUUCGCAGGGGUUUGCGCCGUCGAAGAGUUCGAGAACCCAGGUACUGCUAACAAUUCCAGGGCAUCUUUCCUAUUGACCGGAUGGGAAAAUAGAGGGGCUGCUUUAGAUUUCAGGAAUACCCAAACGUUCACCCGCAAUUUACAUCUGUUUUUCGGGCAAGAGAUCUGCAGAGAGAUGAAGUUUUCCACGUUUGGGGGACAGAACUAGAGAAAAAGUAG